UUCCCGCUAGACUGUCACACAUCUUCUCAUCUCCGGCAAAAAUAAUAUUGACAGGAUUUCUCAACGAGUGGGAGAAUGGCUCCACUGACUGCCUCGCACAGAUCACAAAUCUUCUGAGACGUGUCCGUGGAAGACCAGCUUGUACAUCUCUGUCUAUAUCUUAUAGACACCAUUAAUUCCACAUUAAAUCGCCUCCUUUCUCUGCCCUACUGCCUACGAGACUUGGGCACAAUCCAUCGACCCCAUGCCCUCCACUUCCUUCUUAAUUCACGCCAGCGACGCCAAGCAUGUAUUAGGUUUUGUCUCUCUCACGCUUUCCUACCUGACCAAGGUUCACACUCUAUUUAAUGCCCCUCCUCCUUUCCUAGUGCUCGAUCGAUCGAGCUCCCUUUGGAGACCCUGCUAGCUCACCCUCUAUUGUUCUCUCUCUCAAGGCCAGGCUAGAUUGUACGUACGUAGUCAUUAUUAGCAUGGAGAGCCAAAACAAGGCCAGUCUUCCUGUAAUGGAUGGGCUUGAGAGGAGAGUGGCGAGCCAAAGUGAAGGAGCAAGGACGUGUGACUUGCUUCUACGAGUUUUAGCCUUGGUGCUGACUCUGGCUGCUGCUAUAGUUCUUGGGGUAGACAAGCAGACCAAGGUUGUUCCAAUUAAGGUUGUGGAUACCCUGCCAGCGAUUAACCUUGCUGUCUCUGCAAGGUGGCAUUACUUGCCUGCCUUUACGUAUUCCGUUGCAUCAAAUGCGAUAGCAUGUUCAUAUGCAGCUCUCUCCCUAGUCCUCGCCGUGAGUGGGAAGAAGGUGAUAAUGUCCAUUGUCGUCGUUCUUGACCUGCUGAUGGUGGCAAUGCUGUUUUCCAGUAACGGAGCUGCCUUGGCCAUUGGUCUGAUGGGUUACCAAGGGAAUUCGCACGUGAGGUGGACCAAAGUGUGCAAUGUUUUUGGGAGAUUUUGCAACCAGGUUGCAGUUUCUAUUGCCCUUUCUCUGCUUGGUUCCAUCUUGUUCCUCUUGCUUGUCGGCAUCACUUCCUUGCGGCUUCUCAAGAAAUCCCAGUGAAUCUUUGGACCUUGUUUGUAAUCUAAUAUUAUAAAACCUCUUUUAAUUCACGUCCUUCCUCUGUGUAUUGUAUGAAAAAAAUUAUUUUAUAAAAAAUAUUUUUAGUUGA